CUGAGCUGCAUGAGCAUCACCAACAACCACCCCACCGUUCACCGUCGGGGAGGACACGUCCAGCCAGAUCUCCGUGCUUGGUGACGCGUACAUCAUUUAGACCUCGCUGUUUAUAUUGAGAGCUGGGUGGCAGCUGCCCGAAUCAUGUCAGCGAAAGGCAGGAAGUACCAGAAGAGAGUGUCUUUCUCUGAGCAGGACAAUGAGCAGGACUGGAAAGAGAGGAACGGGGGUCUGGAUUCACAGUAUUUGAGAUCAGUGAAAACCGUUAGCGAUUCAUCCAACUACUAUCAUUGCACAAUGCAAGAGAGCGAUAAUCCCACACAACGGAGACUCACCAUGAUGAGAGAGAAGGGAAGACGGCCAGCUGUCCGAGGCCCGGCGUUCAUGUUUAACAACAGGGGCACCAGCCUGACGGCAGAAGAGGAGAGGUUUUUGGACGCCGCAGAGUAUGGAAACAUUCCUGUGGUGCGCAAGAUGCUUGAGGAAUCCAGGACUUUAAAUGUCAACUGCGUCGACUACAUGGGCCAAACCAGCCUGCAGCUCGCAGUGGGAAAUGAACAUUUGGAAGUGACGGAGCUGCUCUUGAAAAAGGACAACCUGGCCCGCAUCGGUGACGCUCUGCUGCUUGCUAUCAGCAAGGGUUACAUACGGAUUGUGGAAGCCAUAUUGAACCACCCGGCAUUUGUGACGAGUAAACGGUUGACUCUCAGCCCUUGUGAGCUGCAGGAUGAUGAUUUGUAUUCGUACGACGAAGACGGCACAAGGUUCUCUCCUGACAUCACCCCCAUCAUCCUAGCCGCCCACUGCCAGAAGUACGAGGUCGUUCACAUGCUGCUCAUGAAAGGCGCUCGCAUCGAGAAACCCCAUGAUUAUUUCUGCAAGUGCAAUGAAUGCAUGGAAAAGCAGAGGAUUGACGCUUUCAGCCAUUCCCGCUCACGAAUAAAUGCCUACAAAGGAUUAGCAAGUCCUGCUUAUCUGUCUCUGUCUAGCGAAGACCCAGUCCUCACUGCUUUAGAACUUAGCAAUGAGCUGGCCAAGUUAGCCAACAUUGAAAAAGAAUUUAAGGACAACAAAAAAAAAGAGACGGUGCAGCUCAAUUGCUUCUCCCUGAAUGACUAUCGCAAGCUCUCGAUGCAAUGUAAGGACUUUGUAGUGGGUGUUCUUGAUUUGUGCCGAGAUACUGAAGAGGUCGAAGCCAUACUGAACGGAGAUGUGGACGCUGAACAGGACGAAGGGCCGCACCACAGGGCUUCCCUUAGUCGAGUCAAACUGGCCAUCAAGUACGAAGUCAAGAAGUUUGUUGCUCACCCAAACUGUCAACAGCAGCUGCUGACGAUCUGGUAUGAAAACCUGUCUGGACUACGGGAGCAGGCCACAGCUAUCAAAUGCCUUGUUGUGCUGGUUGUUGCCUUAGGCCUUCCAUUCCUUGCUGUUGGCUACUGGUUUGCUCCAUGCAGCCGGCUUGGGAAAAUCCUCCGAAGUCCCUUCAUGAAGUUUGUGGCGCAUGCUGCGUCCUUCAUCAUAUUCCUGGGCUUGCUGGUGUUUAAUGCCUCAGACAGAUUUGAAGGCAUAACAACAUUACCCAACGUCACAGUCACAGAUUAUCCUGCACAGAUAUUCCGAGUGAAAACCACAAGGUUUAGCUGGACAGAAAUACUCAUCAUGGUCUGGGUUGUAGGGAUGAUGUGGUCGGAGUGUAAGGAGCUGUGGAUGGAAGGCCCGAAGGAAUACAUUUUGCAGUUGUGGAACGUGCUGGAUUUUGGAAUGCUCUCCAUAUUUAUCGCUGCAUUCACAGCAAGAUUUCUUGCCUUCCUUCAGGCCACAAAAGCUCAGCAGUUUGUAGAUGAACACCAUUUCAGUGACCUGUCUACAGUAACACUUCCACCAGAUAUAGAAUACUUUACCUACGCGAGAGACAAAUGGCUCCCCUCAGAUCCACAGCUCAUAUCUGAAGGUCUCUAUGCAAUUGCGGUGGUUCUGAGUUUCUCCAGGAUUGCUUACAUUCUGCCUGCAAAUGAGAGCUUUGGCCCAUUGCAAAUCUCCCUUGGCAGGACGGUCAAGGACAUUUUCAAGUUUAUGGUCCUGUUUAUCAUGGUAUUCCUGGCCUUUAUGAUUGGGAUGUUUAUUCUCUAUUCAUACUACCUGGGUGCUAAAGUGAACCCAGCUUUUACCACAGUUGAAGAAAGUUUUAAAACUUUGUUUUGGUCUAUAUUUGGUCUGUCUGAAGUAUCGUCAGUCGUGCUCAAAUAUGACCACAAAUUCAUUGAGAACAUUGGCUACGUUUUAUAUGGAAUAUACAAUGUGACAAUGGUGGUGGUGCUUCUCAACAUGCUGAUUGCCAUGAUCAACAGCUCAUACCAGGAAAUAGAGAAUGAUGCAGAUGUGGAAUGGAAAUUUGCUCGUUCAAAGCUCUGGCUGUCGUACUUUGAUGAUGGAAAAACUUUACCCCCUCCAUACAGUAUUGUGCCCAGCCCCAAAUCCUUCUUUUACUGCAUCAUGCGAGUGGUGAACCUUUUCAGAUGCAGAAGGAGAAGGAUGAAGAAGGAUGUAGAACUGGGAAUGGACAUAUCCAAGUCCAGGUUGAACCUGUUCACUCAGUCGAACCUGAAAAUCUCAGAGACACACACUUUCAACUCCAUACUCAACCAACCCACUCGCUAUCAGAAAAUAAUGAAGUGUCUUAUAAAACGUUUUGUGUUAAAAGCACAAGUUGACAAAGAGAAUGACGAAGUCAAUGAGGGUGAACUAAAAGAAAUCAAACAGGACAUCUCCAGUCUCCGCUAUGAACUUCUGGAAGACAAGUCCCAAGCGACUGAGGAGCUGUCUGUUCUGAUACAAAAGCUUAGUGAUAAGCUUAACAUUAGCAUGACAAGAUGUGAAUGAUUAGACCCACAUACACAAUGACAAGUAUCUGCUUUAUGGACAAAACAUUUGUUUUCUUUCAAAUUCAAUUAUUAAUUAUCAUAAAUCAUGACAUGUUUUAAUAUUUCGCACCAGAAAUCGUAGCAAAAUGAUGUUUAAUGCUUAUAAAAGUAGUAGCCAGCCCUCUGUGUCUGGCAUGUGUUGGUUAUUUUGUAAAUUGAUUAAGCCUUUCUAAGUCUUUUGUAUUUUUUUAAUUUUAUUUUGUAUUAAUAUGUAUAGAGCAUACAACUGUGUAAUGCACAUAUUGUAUAUCUCCCCUAAUUUGCACAAAAAGGCUACCCAGAGGACAGCCUCUUCUGGGAAAACAGAAAAAGAUAUGGAUGCUUACCACAGGCUGUGCUAAAUUCAGGCAUCACAAAAGGGCACAAGAUAGAUUGCGUGCACACAGUACAUGUAAACGUGUUGUAAUGAUAGCACAGAUUACUGUAACAAUACUUGUGUCUUAAGCAAAACUGGCUCCACAGUUACCUUACAGUAUGCAAAUAUACUUCAGUACACAAGUUUAUAUUGACAUUCAAAUGUCAUAUUGUAUGUUACUGUAUGCACAUUUCAACUGGAAGAAAGAUAUCAACAGGGCUCCGUAGUGGCGCAUCUGGUAAACCCACUCCGAGGGGAGUGCAGGAUUAUUAUUAUUAUUAUUAUUAUUUAUUUCUUAGCAGACGCCCUUAUCCAGGGCGACUUACAAUUGUAAUGUGCCCUAUAGCCUGGAGGUCGCCGGUACGAGAUCAGUGACCCCUGUAGUCUGGCUGGGCACCUGCAGGCUUGCCUAUAAGGUGCCCAGAGCUGGGUGAGUCCGCUUCGGAGGACAGUGUGUGUUCAUCUUCACUGCUCCCGAGUCAGCGCGGGGGUGGCAGUGGUGAGCUGAGCCUAAAAAUAAUUGGAUAUGCCAAAUUGGGAGAAAAUAAUAAAAUAAUUGGCGAUUACUAAAUUAAAAAAAAAAAACAUACCAAUUUUCUUUACAUGUAGCCUUCUUAUCAGAAGAAGGAAUUUUAAACAUUUUUGAACAGUUGAAUGUAUUCAAAUGUAAAAACUACAGCUCAGUUCACUUUUGUGUAAAGGUAAAUUAUAGAAAAAACGAAUACACUAGAUGCCCCUUUUUUUACAUUUUUGGGCCAAGUUGAAGGUUUUAUAUGCAUCUUUAUCAGAAGAAGGAAUAUUUCCAUCAUAAAAUAUACUGUAUAAAACCUUAAACUGGCCCAAGAAUGCAACAUUUAAAAAAAAAAUAAUAAUAAUAAAAUAAAGUGUCUUCCAGCAGUCUGAAACUCGCUAUCUGUUUAACCCGACUCUUAUCCCGAACGUUGUUUCCAUCAUAAAAUGAAACCCCUUUUCUGCUCUUUUCCAACAGGUUAAAUGGGUCAAUUUACAUAAAGGUGGCAGAAUAACUAUUAAGUAUUUAAAUGAGAAACCUAAAUGUUAAUGCUGCAAAUUUCAGGAUUUAAAUCAAUGGACAGGUGGGAUAGGUGGAGGAAAACAAAAGAGAUGCGUGUUUCAGGAGACAAGGAGAAAGAAGAGAAGAUACAUGUAAUAGAACACAAUAAUAAAGCAACGUCAGGACACAGAGAAAAAAAGGAAAGUUAGAGAGUGAAUUUUAAUGUAGCCUCAUUUUGUAAAUAUUUUAUGUAAAAAUAAAAAAAUACAUGAGAAAUAAAUUAAUACAUAAAUAAAUAUAUAGACGUGUAUUUAUUUGUUUAUUUAUUUAUUUAUUUUUCAUUUUGGCAUAAAAUAUCCUCCAUACCCAGUUGCACUUUAUGAAAAUUAAUAACGUGCAUGUAUAGUAGGAUAUCAUACAAACAACUGUGGCAAAGAAUGAAAGGGCUGUGAGUGAUACUGGCAAUGCAGGACCCCUCAGGGUGCUUGACUCUAAAGAAUGACAGGGCUGUGAGUGAUGCUGGCAAUACAGGACCCCUCAGGGUGCUUGACUCUAAAGAAUGACAGGGCUGUGAGUGAUACUGGCAAUGCAGGACCCCUCAGGGUGCUUGACUCUAAAGAAUGAUAGGGCUGUGAGUGAUACUGGCAAUGAAGGACCCCUCAGGGUGCUUGACUCUAAAGAAUGACAGGGCUGUCAGUGAUACUGGCAAUGCAGGACCCUCAGGGUGCUUGACUCUAAAGAAUGACAGGGCUGUCAGUGGUACUGGCAAUGCAGGACCCCUCAGGGUGCUUGACUCUAAAGAAUGACAGGGCUGUGAGUGAUGCUGGCAAUGCAGGACCCCUCAGGGUGCUUGACUCUAAAGAAUGACAGGCUGUGAGUGAUACUGGCAAUGCAGGACCCCUCAGGGUGCUUGACUCUAAAGAAUGACAGGGCUGUCAGUGAUACUGGCAAUGCAGGACCCUCAGGGUGCUUGACUCUAAAGAAUGACAGGGCUGUGAGUGAUGCUGGCAAUGCAGGACCCCUCAGGGUGCUUGACUCUAAAGAAUGACAGGCUGUGAGUGAUACUGGCAAUGCAGGACCCCUCAGGGUGCUUGACUCUAAAGAAUGACAGGGCUGUGAGUGAUACUGGCAAUGCAGGACCCUCAGGGUGCUUGACUCUAAAGAAUGACAGGGCUGUCAGUGAUACUGGCAAUGCAGGACCCUCAGGGUGCUUGACUCUAAAGAAUGACAGGCUGUGAGUGAUACUGGCAAUGCAGGACCCCUCAGGGGGCUUGACUCUAAAGAAUGACAGACUGUGAGUGAUACUGGCAAUGCAGGACCCCUCAGGGUGCUUGACUCUAAAGAAUGACAGGGCUGUGAGUGAUACUGGCAAUGCAGGACCCCUCAGGGUGCUUGACUCUAAAGAAUGACAGGGCUGUGAGUGAUGCUGGCAAUACAGGACCCCUCAGGGGGCUUGACUCUAAAGAAUGACAGGGCUGUGAGUGAUACUGGCAAUGCAGGACCCCUCAGGGUGCUUGACUCUAAAGAAUGACAGACUGUGAGUGAUGCUGGCAAUGCAGGACCCCUCAGGGUGCUUGACUCUAAAGAAUGACAGGGCUGUGAGUGAUACUGGCAAUGCAGGACCCCUCAGGGUGCUUGACUCUAAAGAAUGAUAGGGCUGUGAGUGAUACUGGCAAUGCAGGACCCCUCCAAGUGCUUGACUCUAAAGAAUGACAGGCUGUGGGUGAUACUGGCUAUGCAGGACCCCUCAGGGGGCUUGACUCUAAAGAAUGACAGGGCUGUGAGUGAUGCUGGCAAUGCAGGACCCCUCAGGGUGCUUGACUCUAAAGAAUGACAGGGCUGUGAGUGAUACUGGCAAUGCAGGACCCCUCAGGGUGCUUGACUCUAAAGAAUGACAGGGCUGUCAGUGAUACUGGCAAUGCAGGACCCUCAGGGUGCUUGACUCUAAAGAAUGACAGGCUGUUAGUGAUACUGGCAAUGCAGGACCCCUCAGGGGGCUUGACUCUAAAGAAUGACAGACUGUGGGUGAUACUGGCAAUGCAGGACCCCUCAGGGUGCUUGACUCUAAAGAAUGACAGGGCUGUGAGUGAUGCUGGCAAUACAGGACCCCUCAGGGGGCUUGACUCUAAAGAAUGACAGGGCUGUGAGUGAUACUGGCAAUGCAGGACCCCUCAGGGUGCUUGACUCUAAAGAAUGACAGGGCUGUGAGUGAUACUGGCAAUGCAGGACCCCUCAGGGUGCUUGACUCUAAAGAAUGACAGGGCUGUGAGUGAUACUGGCAAUGCAGGACCCCUCAGGGUGCUUGACUCUAAAGAAUGACAGGCUGUGAGUGAUACUGGCAAUGCAGGACCCCUCAGGGUGCUUGACUCUAAAGAAUGACAGGGCUGUGAGUGAUACUGGCAAUGCAGGACCCCUCCGAGUGCUUGACUCUAAAGAAUGACAGGGCUGUGAGUGAUACUGGCUAUGCAGGACCCCUCAGGGGGCUUGACUCUAAAGAAUGACAGGGCUGUGAGUGAUACUGGCAAUGCAGGACCCCUCCGAGUGCUUGACUCUAAAGAAUGACAGGGCUGUGAGUGAUACUGGCAAUGCAUGAGGGGGCUUGACUCUAAAUCCUCUUUAAGUUUAUCACAUGAAUGUAAUAUUGUAGCUUUAUCCAUUCGAUAGCUCCACUGCACUCGCUCUUCUGUAAGGUCCAAACAGGCGAUACACCAGUGGGGUACUUUCGGCUGCGAUUCCGAUGAUGGGGGGGGGCGAUGACAGCUACAAUAUCCUUCAUCUAAAAUCACAGCAAUUACAUCAAAGAGUCAUGCCACCCUUCACACAGAGCCUGUUUGAAAUAGGUUCCCACCUCCAUUAGGACUCCUUGAAACAGGUGGAACCACUUUAGACGGAAAAUACUCAAUCCCACCACAUCAGCCUUUUUGAUUUGUGCACAGGGGGUAUGUUAAUUAGGUACACACCUAAUUUGCAUAACACUCCUCAUACUGUUGGAAUUAUUAUUAUUAUUAUUAUUUAUUUCUUAGCAGACGCCCUUAUCCAGGGCGACUUACAAUCGCAAGCAAAUACAAAUACAAUUGGGGCUUUGUAACUGUUCUCAUCCUUUCUGGCCAUUUUGUUUAUUUUUGCUCGCAACAGCCGGAAAGUUAAAACCGUGCCACAAAAGCACCUCCCGAGGUUGGAAAGGCUUUGAUAUUGAGGGCCAGUCAGUUUAACUUUCAAUAAGGAGUACAACAACAAAAAUCAAUUACCAGUAAAUUGAUUUCACUACAUAAGCUGUAGAUAGAUAUUUAUAAAUACAGUAUAUUCUACAGUGUGACGUAAACAUAUUUGAGCAUCUAAUUUUAAGUGGGUUCUCUACUUCAUAAUUGAAUCCUGUAAAAUGUCAACCCCACCAGUGACAUAGCUAUGAAUGUGACAAAUGGUUGCAAUAACAUAACAGGAAUAUCUUAAAUAUGAUUCAUUUACACAGAUCUUAGUGUUCUGAGGUGUUAUAAUUAUACCUAAACCUUAGGUCCCAUUUGAUGAAAAAUGGUUCAUAUUGUUAACAGUUCUCAUGCUUAUGAAACACCGUACUGUAAGGGUUUUUUUUAUUCUAGAAAUCUAUGCAGGGUGAUAAUUUAUUUUGUCCAGUGUUGACAUGGUGGGUCUUACAGUACAACACAGUAGUACACAAUAGCAAUGUCAUUUUGUAUGAGAACUUUUAUUUUUUCAACUCUACAGAAUGGGUUUCCUUAGAGGUGAUUAUCUUUGUAUGGAAAUAAACAAAACAUGUUUUUGUGCUUUAAAAUUUAAGGUGACAGAUGAUAUAUAUUGUGAGAAGUGUGUUCAAGCUAUCCUAUAAUGUUAAUAAUACUGUCUAGAUUGUCCUUGUUUCUUUUGUAGUCAUGUUCCAAAUACAUGUUAGUCAAGCCUAAAAACUGUAUUGUUCACAAUGAAUGAGCUCUGAAAAUUAAUUUGCAUAAUGAAGUGAAAACCUUUAAGGAGCUUCCUUA